CAUAUCUCCUCUCUCGUUCUCUCUUUCACUCUCAAAAUAUAACUUAGAAGUAAAGAAAAAUUCAGCUUUAAAGGUUUAAGCCUUAGGCUCUUUUCACUUGGCAAUAACCAUUCCUCUGUUUAGUUCAUUUAAAGUUGCUAACCUCCAGUCUUUAGCCAUGGAGAUUGAGUCAGCAACUCAAGAGAGAGCUGGGCCGUUCACAAGUGCAUGGGGCUGGCUUAAGGCCUUGCCUGGUAAAUCAAAGUCCAAGGUGCUGAAAGCUGCAAAGAGCAUGAGAAAGCUUGGACAAGAUGACCCAAGAAGAGUCGUUCACUCCCUCAAAGUGGGACUUGCUCUCACAUUGGCGUCCUUGCUAUAUUAUUCUAGGACUCUCUAUGAUGGUUUUGGGGUUGCUGGAAUGUGGGCUGUGCUAACAGUGGUGGUAGUCUUUGAAUUCACUGUAGGUGGUACCAUGAGCAAGAGUUUGAAUAGAGGUUUUGCAACACUCCUAGCUGGUGCAUUAGGGGUUGGAGCUCAACACUUCGCAAGUCUCUUUGGAGAGAAAGAAGAACCUAUUGUUCUUGGAUUUCUUGUUUUCCUUUUAGGCGCAGCAUGUACAUUCACUCGAUUCUUCCCAAGAAUCAAGGCAAGAUAUGACUAUGGAAUCUUGAUAUUCAUAUUAACAUUCAGUAUGGUGUCAGUCUCCGGUUUUCAAGUGGUAGAGGUCUUAGAAAUGGCUCAUCAAAGGCUAUCAACAAUAAUAAUAGGUGGAGCAACCUGCAUAGUUGUAUCUACGUGUAUCUGUCCAGUCUGGGCCGGUGACGAUCUUCAUAACUUGAUUACUUCCAAUAUAGAAAAGCUUGCAAGCUACCUUGAAGGUUUUGGAGAUGAAUAUUUUCACUACUCAUCAGAGGGUGAGGGAAAGGUUAAGGUCUCCAAUAAAGACAAUUCGUUUCUUCAAGGAUAUAGAAGUGUCCUCAAUUCAAAAUCCACUGAAGAUUCCAUGGCAAAUCUUGCAAGAUGGGAGCCUAGACACGGCCAUUUCGGCUUACGGCAUCCGUGGAAGCAAUACUUGAAGAUUGGAGCCAUCUCAAGGCAAUGUGCUUACCAUAUUGAAGCUCUUAAUAGCUACAUCAACUCUAAUAUCCAAGCAUCAGAGGAAUUCCAGAGUAAAAUUCAAGAACCAUGCACCAAAAUGAGUGAAGAAUCAGGCAAGGCACUAAGAUCCCUGGCCUCAGCAAUCAAAACAAUGAAAGAUCCCUCCCCUGCAAAUAUCCAUUUGGAAAACUCCAGAACUGCAAUUAAUGAACUCAAAGUUGCUGUAAAAGCUAGCUCACUAGAGCAAGCAGACCUCCUAGCAAUCGUGCCAGUUGCAACAGUUGCAUCCACAUUAAUUGAGAUCGUAAAAUGUGUGGAUAAAUUAUCUGAAGCAGUUCAUGAACUUGCUAAUCUAGCACAAUUCAAGCCUGUGGAACCUACUGUGUCACCAGAGAAACCUCAGUUAUUGCUUCACCGCGGAAUUGUAAAUCCUGUUCUUGAUGGUGAUAAUGAUACUGAUCAUAUUGUGAUUACAAUAGACGCAAACCCCACAGAUUCCCCAGAAAAUAAGAAGCCUCAGGCAACAAAGCCUAGCCACAUACAUCCUGAAGUGUAAAUAUUUUGUAACAAAAACAUGUGAACUAAUUUUCAUCAUUAUAGUUCACACUGUUAAGUAAAUUUGAUCUCUACUCUAGCUUCGUGAAGGAAAAAAAAAUAUUCCUGAAAUUGUCCCUACUAUUAGUUUGUAUUCCUUGUAACAAGUACUUAAGUUGAUAUUUUAAAAGAAAAAGAGAAGUGCCCUCUCUCUUGAUAAGAUAUGAAGUGGACUCCGUUUUGUUUUA